GUUAGACUCCCGGUUGGAGUUUGUUGGUGCCAGUUGUCCGUGCAGUGCUGAUUCUCACGGCCGUCGAUCUCGAUGGUGCUGCCGACCAUACACAGGGCUCUGAAUACGACCGACGGCUGCGCCGUGGCCAUCAAGCGCAUUUCGAUGCGAAACCUGCCCCAGGAUCGCAUUACGAUGCUGAUGGAGGAAGUCACGCUUCUGAGCCACUUGAUGCACACCAACAUCGUCACAUACUAUGGCUAUCUCAAUACCGAAGACCACAUCAACAUUGCUCUCGAGCUCGUUGAUAAUGGCUCGCUCUUGAAGCUGCUCAAGACACACGGCAAGUUCAAGGAGAAUCUCGUCUGCAUCUAUACCAUGCAGAUCCUGCAGGGACUCAUCUACCUCCAUGAAAAGAACGUCGUCCACUGCGAUCUGAAGGCUGCCAACAUCCUCAUCACCAAGGACGGUGUCGUCAAGCUUACAGACUUUGGCGUCUCCAAGCAACUUGCGCCGAUCCCGGAAGCCAUCAGCACGGAUGCAUCGGUGCCCAAGAACGAAAUCGUUGGAACCCCUCAUUGGAUGGCACCCGAGGUCAUCCUGCAACAAGGCGUGACCAAGUCGUCGGACAUCUGGAGUCUUGGAUGCACAAUCAUCGAGCUGCUGACCGGCAAGCCGCCCAACCACGAGAUGCCGAUCUGUUCCGUCUUGUAUCGCGCCAUGACCAACGACCUCAGCAUUCCAAUCCCAGAGGAUAUCUCAGGGGAUCUCUCCAACUUUCUCUCGCUCUGUUUGCAGUACAACCCACAACGGCGCCCAACCGCAGCCAUGUUGAUCAACCAUGCCUGGAUCGUGAGCCGAAAGCCCCUCAGUCGCCGCAGCUCAGCCGCCUCUCACCGGAGCGAAGAGCCCCUCUCGCCCUUCUACCGCGCCAACUCGAUGAUCAACUUUCCCAGGCCAGUGUCCAGCUUCUCGUCCGGAGUGGACAACAGGCUGUCCUUUGCUGCCUCCAUCCAGUCGUUCCCCAAAUAUGUACCGUCGCCCCGGCCCGAUGUUCAAAAGAGUGCUGCCACGCGCCGCUAUGAAGAGCUUCUGCGGCAGUCCAAGCCGAGGUCGCCCUUGAGCCCGCCUCCGGAGCAGCCUUUGGAUAUGAUGACCGGCAUCCAGCGUGAUCCUUCGAGCGGGCAGAGCAUGUCCCCAAGCCCAUAUCGAGAAGCCCUCGAGGACGAAAUCGAGCGCGAGCUGAGGGAGCUCGUUCGGAUGAAGCAACAGGUCCAUGUCCAGUAUGCAGGGCUGUCGUCGCCGAUCGAACGCCCUUCGAUGGGACAGACUGACUCCCCGCUUAUGACACCCGUCAGUUCGGGAAGGCUCGGAUCCGGCUCAAACUACCGAAACGAGACGCUCAGCAGCCCGUCCUCGAUCAUCGUCAAUAUGGGCGGACGAAACUGGAGUGGCUAUUUGAACAAUCCACCUCCAAACCUGUGAGGCGAUGGUGAGCGGUGCAAAGCUGUGGAGGCGCACUCCUCCUCCCGCUCCAACCACACCAUACCUCGCCUCGCCCAGGCUCUUUGACACGCUCUUGAGACAGAGUCUACCUGGCAAAGCUUCUCUCGUUUGCU